GAACCAUCACAUCUCUUCUUUUUUUCUUUCUUCUUUGCCCCCUUCUCCAAGGUCUCCAACUUUCUAUAAAUAUCUUGAACCGGUCUUCAUAAAACAAAAACAAUUCCCCUUUCUGUAUGGCUGCUUCUUCUCUUCUUACUAUGGACAAUAGCAUAACCAGACAAAACAUGAAUGGUUCUGCUAAUUGGUCCGGAAUAAGAUCAUCAGCAGCAUCUCUUGAAGAUCUUGAGAUCCCACCAAAGUUCAGAUCUUUUGCUCCUUCUUCAAUCUCAAUCUCUCCUUCUCUUGUCUCUCCUUCCACUUGUUUCAGCCCCUCUGUUUUUCUUGAUUCCCCUGCUUUUGUUGCCUCCUCUGCUAACGUUCUUGCUUCUCCAACCACAGGAUCUCUUCUCACAUAUGAAAAUAAUCAGAAAAGCAUCAACGAGGAAGAGAAGACGAAGAAGAACAACAACAACGUUAACUUCUUUGAUUUCUCAUUUCAGACACAAUCAUCAGGAGUUUCUGCUCCGACAACAACAACAACAAACAGUUCUGUCUUGCAGUCACAGGAAACUCGUCCAAACAACAACACUCAUCAUCAAACUGCAUCUUACAAUGGACGAGAGCAAAGGAAAGGAGAGGACGGUUACAACUGGAGAAAGUACGGACAGAAACAAGUGAAAGGGAGCGAGAAUCCUCGGAGUUACUAUAAGUGUACUUUCCCAAACUGUCCAACGAAGAAGAAAGUGGAAACAUCUUUGGAAGGUCAGAUCACAGAGAUUGUGUAUAAGGGAAGCCAUAACCAUCCAAAACCUCAGUCCACUAGAAGAUCGUCGUCUUCUUCGUCGACAUUUCAUUCUGCUGUGUUUGAUCAUCAUGGUGAUCACUCUGAUUCCUUUGUGAUCCAACAAGAUGAUAAUAAUACUACUUCUGGUUCUCUUGGAGACGAUGAGUUAUCGGUUAUGAGCAGAGGAGAAGAAGAGGACUGUGGGAGUGAACCUGAAGCAAAGAGAUGGAAAGGAGAAAGCGAAACAAACGGUGGUAAUGGUAAUGGAAGCAAGACAGUGAGAGAGCCGAGGAUUGUUGUGCAGACAACGAGUGAUAUAGACAUUCUUGAUGAUGGUUACAGAUGGAGAAAGUACGGCCAAAAGGUCGUUAAAGGAAACCCUAAUCCAAGAAGCUACUACAAGUGCACAACCAACGGUUGUCCAGUGAGAAAACAUGUUGAGAGAGCAUCACACGAUAUGAGAGCUGUAAUCACAACCUACGAAGGGAAACACAACCACGACGUACCUGCGGCUCGUGGUAGCGGAUACACCACAAACCGACUGGCACAAGAUCCUUCUUCAGCACCAAUUAGACCAAACGCUAUUGCUGGUCACUCUAGUUACACUACUUCUUCUCAAGCACCAUAUACACUUCAAAUGCUGCACCAAAACAACAACACUAGUGCCGGGUCUUUUGGUUACGCUACGAACAAUAAUAACUUCCUUGGUGGUGGUUUCUCUAGAGCAAAAGAAGAACCAAGCGAUGAGUCUUCCUCUUUCUUUGAUUCGUUUUUGUCUUGAAGAUGUGAAAAUUCGUUUUUCAUUCUGUACAUUUAUGCCAGAAAAGGGUUUAAGUACUUACUAGUGGUCCUGCAGAUACUAAGACUAUAGUCUAUAUACUCCAUAGAGAAAAUUAUUUCAUUUGUUUUUUUUAGUGGCUCAUGCGAGGGCUUUCACACGCCUGUAAUGUAAUAAUAUCUUUAGUUCGUUUGUACCAUACAACUAGUAAAAUGGAAUAAAGCCAAUCAAUAUUCACAUCUA